AUUCGGCGGUGGUGCAUGCCGUUGGCCCGGUUGUGAGCGGGUGUUUGACGAGUUCGAAGAUUUCUACAGCCAUCUCCAUUCGGAUCACAUCAACGGGGACUACUCAGCCGCCCAGGCUCGCAUCCAGAUGGAGGUGGUAUGUCAGCUACAUCUGCAGCUCCAAAAGGAACGUGAUCGACUCCAGGCAAUGAUACUGCAUCUGAACAAGAAGAACGAGAUGCUCCGCACACCGGCCGCCCUGUUCGGUGGUUCGUUCCUGUCGCAGCUGCCCGCAAUACCAACGCUACCGUCGGCCACCUCAUCCCAGGCCGCCACUGUUCCACCCUCCGUAACGGGUCCGUUCGAUCUGAUCGCGGGUUUGCGCUUUCCGGCCGAACUAGCCGCCGACAUGGUGCAGGGAGCGUUCGGAGCACGUCUACCCCACCAGCAACAUCACGUUGGAGUCGGAUCUGGUGUCGGUUCGGCACACCAUCUACAUCAUCACCAUGGUACACAGCAGCACCAGCAGCAGCAACAACAGCAACAAUCGUCACUACAUUCACUUUCACCACCUGUAACGGGUGCGCACGGUACGGGCCCGAUGGUCACAUCCGGACCGGGUGCUACAGGGAAAUCCUCCAAAGGUGGUGGAGCUGUACGACCGAAGUACUUCUCCCCGCAGGAUAGCGAUGAGCUUAACUAUCCAGAUGUACAGGACGAUGUGCACAAGAAUAGGGAGUUCUAUCGCAGCCAUGACGUACGUCCACCGUUUACAUAUGCGUCACUCAUCCGUCAGGCCAUCAUCGAAUCGCCCGAGAAGCAACUGACGCUGAAUGAAAUCUACAACUGGUUCCAGAACACGUUCUGCUACUUCCGACGGAAUGCGGCUACCUGGAAGAAUGCCGUACGGCACAACCUGUCGCUGCACAAGUGUUUCAUGCGGGUGGAAAACAUAAAGGGCGCCGUCUGGACGGUAAACGAGGCCGAGUUCUGUAAGCGUCGACCCCAAAAGCUCGGCAUCAUGCAGUUUAAGUUCCAGCAGCAGCAGCAGCAACAACAACAUCACCACCAUCCAGCCACAUCACAAACCGGGCCCGGUUCUGGUUCUGGACAUCAGGGCAAGAAAAAGCAAACAUCAUCUGCAGUGGCACUACCAUCACCCGCAUCACCCCAGCAUACAGCACCGAAUCACGCGCUGCCGGGAUCUCCAAGGACCGGUGGCAACUCGAUCGGGGCGGCCAUUGUGGCCAGUGUUGCCAACACGCUCAAACCACCGCCACCACCAUUCUUCUACAAACGAACGCAAUACGAACGAACCUGUCACUGCACAAGUGCUUCGUGCGCUACGAGGACGAUUUCGGCUCGUUCUGGAUGGUGGAUGAUCAUGAGUUUCUCAAGCGGCGUCAUCUAUCCCGCGGCCGUCCCAGGAAGUACGACAUCUCGAUGCCACCGCUUACCGACCCUACCACCGGUGCACCGGUAUCCUCCCGCACGCCUACGACCGGUACCAACGAACCGAUCACAGCCGGUGAGCACGAACUGCACGACGACACGAUGGUACACGGUACCGGUAGUGGGCGGCAUGGUGACGGUACGGAUGUUGGUUACGGUGAGGAGUACACCGGUGGCCACUGCACCGUUGGUGAGACGAGCGGCAAUACUGGUAGGGCGGUACCGGUACCCGGUAGCGAGAAAGAAAUCCAUACCAUAUCCACCAGACGUCCGGCGACGAAGAAGUCCGACUACAGCAGACGGUAACAAAGCAGCUUGCGAACUGUCGCACAUAAUCCGCGGCAACCAAAAACCGUUUACCUUUGUUCCUCAUCCAUUCCAUCUUUCUUCCAGUUUUUUAAUACACCUACACACACUUUCUACUCUCCGCAGACCGUUAUGUAUCUUGCAGGUUGAAGUACGCGCUUGUAUAGCCAUAGCUGUACUAUGAGAGGCCAACGAGAUCCAGCAACGAUUGCUCAAUGGUACUACUAAGGGAGAAGAGCUCAAUAAUAUCGGUUCUAAAGCGGAAUUGAACUCCCGAUUGCGUUCAAUAAUAAAAUCUUUUCAACUGAAACACUCCACAUCGGAAA